CGGUAUGGGAGAGCUCGCCAGCCAUACACUCGACGGACAGACUUGUUUUCAAACAGUCAUCCGGAUUGCGUGGGUGCCUCGUGGUCGUUCGACGCUGUACCGAACAUUGUAGGAGACCGUUUCGUGUCAACGGACCACGGGGAAGCAAUGACAUCGAGGAAGAUGGAUGGAAAUGAGAAUCCGGACGGUUCAUAUCGUUAUUGACCGAUAUCUCGUCGGAUCUGGUGUAUUCGAAAAAAAUACGAACAUAAUCAACCAUCGUCGCUUCUUUCAAGUUCCACGAACGAAUCUGUACGAACUUUGGACGGAUCGAUGACAAACAAAGAAUACCCCUCUGUCGGGAGAACGAUUCGUGACGAGCGAGCCGAGAAAUCGUCGUGCUUGGAAACGGAUCCAAACUUGAUGAGAAAGGAGACUUAGGUUAAUCCGUUUUCAGAAAUUAUCCGUUGGAAAGAGGGAAGGUGGAAGAAAGGGCGGGUGUCCGAUUGGUUGGCUCGCUAUGGGUCGAAAGCAUAAACGCCGCCUGAUACCGGAACAGGAUCGCAGGAUAUGCGGGAGUAUCUGCUUCUGUCAGUUCACCAUUGUGAUCAGUUGUGUCGCGUUGGUUUAUCUAAGCGUGGCGAUCUAUAUGCCGUCCCACAGAGCUUUUCACGCGGGGAUCGAUCCCGAUCCAGUCAUGUGCCAAACCGUUAACACCACCUUUACUAAUAAUUGCGGUUGGGCGAGUUGCGGGGAGUGGUGCUUGACAAGAACCACAGGAUUCUGCCCUCAGAUCCACGCGACCGUAAGAAGGAAUGGAACGGACAUCGUUUUCGAAAAUUGCACGAAAUUCAGCACCAUAUCUUGCCCGAAGGUGAACGAGGCUUCUUUUAAAAAAUACAAUUGCAACAACGGCAGCGAGUGCAGCGUGCUUUCAGGCGUGUUUAACUGCAACCUUGGCCACUGCGUGAACAUAAGCGAGCUAAUGUUGUGCCAUUACAAGGCAGAUGGAAUUGUCGUGGACAGCGAGAAGGACAACAUGAAACUGAACGGCUUGUUCAGCUGUCACAACUCGAGAUGCACGAAAAUCAAGAAUCUGUUCAAUUGCGAUCGUUAUUGUCCUGAUAUCGUCACGUCGGACGUGAACGUGUUCCUUAUGCAAGAUGACAACAUCGUCACAGCGAAAUGCAAACGUGGCCUGGCACUGAACAAAGCGAAUGGAAAUCUGCCUGGCGUCAGGCUAACCACGCCUGACCAAUUUUGGGAGGAUCGAAACGGGAGCAUUAUUGUUAGCUGUUUGGAGGUGCACAAGAAGAUGAACGACGUAAGGACACAGGACUGCGUGAACGGCACCUUAUUAAAGGAGAUCCCAUUACCUCAACCAACCAUCAACUUCACGAGUUUUCUGAACAUAUACGAGAAGAGCUUGCAAUAUCCAGUGGAUCCUACGAAUAUCUAUGUACCUGAGCAACGAUCCCUCACGAUCUACAACAGUUCUCGCCUCUACAUCAAUUUCGAGGGUUGCGUCAAUACCCUAAAAGGGGAAUGUAAAGAUUUCCUCGCCACUCACGGUCGAAAUGGCGACAAUCAGACGGCGCAGAGUAGAUACCCCUGUUACUACAACAAGAACAACUCGCUGUUAGUCGUCGCACGUUUCGACCUGAACAAAACGCGGACGGAAUUGCUGAUCGCCAUCAUCGUGCCGUCCGGCCUGUUCGUCAUCAGUCUUACCACCCUCAUCGUAAUAACGCGAUCGGUGCAGGUGGGCGACGACGCGAAGAUGCGUUGCCGCUACUGCGUCGACAAGCAGGAAGUCGAGGGCGAGGACGAAGGGCUUGUCGAGGCUACACCCUCCUCGUCUCAAGGCCAGAUGAACGAGAACGAGAUCAAAAGCAUGGCGCUUUAGCAGUUUAAGGCGUCUGGGGCGAGCACCGUGCUCCGUUACGAGAGGGUGCCAUUGAUAGACACGGACGAAGCCGAGGAUUCCUUUUGAGCAAGGGAUCACAACCUUUGAUUAGGAUGAUUAGGAUUAAAAUUACAGUGCUAUGAUCGACGAAA